AUGGCAUCGCACACUCUUCCCCCUCUUCCAUAUGCCUACGACGCCCUCGAGCCCGUGAUCUCAAAGCAGAUCAUGGAACUCCACCACCAAAAACACCACCAAACCUACAUCAAUAACCUCAAUGCCGCUCUUGCCGCUCACGCAACUGCAACAGAGACAAAGGACGUCCCUGCUCUGAUCGCGCUGCAGCAGAAGAUUCGUUUCAACGGCGGUGGUCACAUUAACCACUCUCUCUUCUGGAAGAACUUGACUCCUCCCGGUACACCUGGUAACGAUUUGGCUAGUGCAGCUCCUACUCUACGUGAGGCUAUUGUUUCUCGUUGGGGAUCUGAGAAGACAUUCACGGAGAGCUUUAAUACCACUUUGUUGGGUAUUCAGGGGAGUGGAUGGGGAUGGCUUGUUAGUUCUGGUGGUCCAAAGGGACGUCUAGAGAUUACGACUACUAAGGAUCAAGAUCCGGUGACUGGGUCUGAUGUUCCUGUCUUUGGUGUGGAUAUGUGGGAGCAUGCUUACUAUCUUCAGUAUCUUAACAACAAGGCUGGAUAUGUUGAUGGAAUUUGGAAGAUUAUUAACUGGGCUGAAGCUGAGAAGCGAUACACUGCUGGUGUGCAGAACCCUGUGAAGCUUUAA